UCUCUUUCUAUAAAAUCCUUACACAUUUUACCUCUUUUCUAUCAGCACACUUCUUUCCGCGAGAGAGAGACAGAGAGAGGCAGAGAGAAUGAAGGCAAGAAAGAUCAAGAAAGGCUUGUGGAAACCAGAAGAGGAUAUGAUACUGAAACAGUACGUCGAGACUCAUGGCGAAGGCAACUGGGCAGUCGUCUCUCAAAGAUCCGGUUUGAAGAGGGGAGGCAAGAGUUGCAGAUUGAGAUGGAAGAAUUACUUGAGACCCAACAUCAAACGAGGCGGAAUGUCCCCGGAAGAAGAAGAUCUCAUCAUCCGGAUGCAUAAGCUUCUCGGCAAUCGAUGGUCACUAAUUGCCGGGCGGCUUCCCGGUCGGACGGACAACGAAGUGAAGAACUAUUGGAACACCCAUUUGAACAAGAGACACUUGUCGCGCAAAAGGAAUAGCAUUGCCUCAAAUGGACGCCACAAGGACGAGAACAUCUGCGCCACCUUGGCCACCGAGACAGCCCGGAAGUACCAGCUCCACCGUCCAUGACUCCUCCACCAGUAAUUCACAAUGGAAGCAAUGACCUCGACGCAAAAGAAGCGAUGAUGACGGGAAGGAAAGAAGACAGGCUAGAAGAUGGAGAAAGAUUUGUGUACGGCUGUGACAUGGGAUCGCCGCUGUCCAUGCCCACCAGCAAUUAUUCUGCGUCGGUUGUCUUUGACGACGAGCUGCUUGUGCCCUGGCUGGAUUCCUUUGUUUUUGUCUGAAGGCAUUUGGAUCGCAAAAGAUAUGAAGGGAUCCAGGCGUGAUGUGCUACUCGUGCUGUUGUUCAACGGCGCAUCAUGAACCACUGGACUAGACUUAUUAGAGCUGUGGCCCCCAAGGACUGAAGCGUGAGCUUCAUUUUAGCAAACAGAGCAGCGCUUUUUCCGCAGGCCCCAUUGCAAGGACGUUCUUUCUCUGUUAUGAUUGGACUUAUUAAUGCAGCUUUUGCAUAUGC